AAGGUCUUAAAGAACUUGAAUACCAGCAUACCGUUUGCUUCUUACUUAAUCAGGUAUGUUAUUGUUAAUAUAGUAUUAUUUCAGCCAAUAUUGUACAUUUUACCCCAGUGCAAAUCUCACCAUGAUCAAGUAAUUUUUUGCUUGCCUGGCGUGAAAAUUACAUGGAGAAAAUCAUGUAAUAUACAUGCAGAUAUCCCGGGCAGGGCCGUAGCUAUAGCGGGGAUGUGUGGGGUGUGACAGCCCUCUGAAAACGUCUUUUCGGCAAAAUAACCGUUUUAUCAGCAAAUUACUUUCGUGAUCAUCGAAAAUAAUUGAGUGACUCUGAUUAAAAAUAAUAGUUAUAGCAAAAAUUUUGUUAAAUUUAUGGAAAAUUUUACCGAAAAAUUUAAGAAAACACGGUACAUGAAUUGGAAAGUUAGUGAGUACCCCCCGCACUCCCGAGGAAAAAAUGCAAUAUAUGCAAUAUAAUUAUAUAGAGAAUAAUACAUGGGUGCGCGGAAAUACCAGAUUUAUUUCGAGUGUUGAACAUGAUAUCUCACGAGUGAGCGCAGCGAACGAGUGAGAUAUAAUGUUCAACACAAGAAAUAAAUCUGGUAUUUCCAAGCACCCAUGUAUUUUUCUGUUUAUUAUAUAAAGAACAGUCUUUGAAAAGCGAUAAUUUUUACAGAAAAGCGAUAAUUGAAAAGCGAUAAUUUUCACUUGUGAGAUUAUCAUAAAUAAUCUCACUUAUCACUUUUAUCAGUGCUCGAAAUCUCUAUAAAGCACUGUACUUUAUAUAAUAAAAAUGGUUAAUCAAUUGGUUUCAAGAGUUUUUAUGAACAUUACAGCUAACACAACCAUUCAUUUCAAUUCAUAAUUUUAAAUGUUAAUUUCUGUGGAUUUUAAAUGGUCGAAAAACAGUCACUACUUUAUUAAAACGGACAAAACGGCAUUGUAGUAAUACAAUUGUAUAUUGCAUGCAGUUUGUGUCAUUUAUACAAAUUUUAUUGGUAAAAUGCUAUGUUACGGAAAUCAUGAUUACACAGUGUGCAUGUUACCUAUUAAGUCAGUCAAAAAUCUCUCGACAUUGCAUACUUAUGAAUUUUACUAGUGUUCCUGAAAAUGAGACUAAUGGGUGUUGCUGUAUCACUGACUGAACAGGAAGUGGGAAUGCUUAAAAGAAUGCCUUAACCUCCAUUGAAUACAAAAAUACCCAAUUGCAAAAUUAACAAAAAUACUAUAUUGAAAUUGCACAUCACUGUAAUGUUUAAUCAAUGAUUUAAUAAUGGGUGUAACCUCCACGCUUCUCGAACCUCCAUGCAUCGUCGCCUCCAACCUCGUACCCAGGCUCUUUCCAUGAGUCUGCUCUCCCGCUUUUGAGGUGUAGCCAUCCAUUCAUCCUGCAACAAUUGAGCCAAGUCAGGCAGAGUGCUGUAUUCAGACAGAGCACUUGCGCUUGUCCCAAAGAUGCUCAAUUGGGUUGAAUUCUGGCGAGCUCUCAUGCAGGCCUGCCAGGCCACACCAUUCGUUCUAUAUCCUCACCAGCCAAGACCUUAGUGACUAUUCUCCCCCAGUGCGGGCGGGCAUCCUGUCAAACAUGUAAUGCCAUUCUUCAUACAGCAUUAAGCAACCUAACAUAGGUCUAAUUAGUGUUAGGUCUGAUUAUCAGGGACUCGUUUGUUUAGAUCUUAUGCUUAUAUAUUUAGGGGGAGAUUUUUUAGGGUGUUUAUUAUAAUCUUGAGUUCCAAUCCCUGCAUGACCGUGUAAUUUGCCUACCUGCCUGGUGGAACUUUUUUAGUCUAUUUACUCUAUGAUUUAAUUAAUAAAUGUUUUUAUAUUGACAGUAUCUAAAAGUGGUCUUGUUCUUCAUGAAGCAAAGACUUUUACCAGAGCUGUUUGGUGAGUUGAAUAUCAUUCAUUUAAUGUUUUAAGUUUGUAUUCUAAACUAUCUUGGAGGAAAUUAAGUUGCUGAAUUUCCCUGGCUACGAAUGAAAAACGUUCAGGAAAUAUUAUGAUUGUUUUUACUUUUAGACAAAAACGAAGAUGGUGAAUUAAGGUUUGUUUAUGAAAUACUACUCGUAAAACGUCGCCAUAUGCUUGAGUGAGAGGUCCGGACUCUGGGAUAUUAGUCGAGUUCUUUUUACAAAUGAAAAGACUAAUAUCCUACUGUCCGGACCGAACAAGCUCAGUCAACAGUUAUUUAUUAUAUGGCUAAAAGCAAGAGCAUUUCGAAAAACAAUGUUUGUAAAUGAAGUCAAGAACUAAGUUGCUUACAACAUUAUGUAUUUGAACAUUUAAAACCGGUAACUACGUAUGUCAGCAUUUUAAGUGUUAGAAAAGCGUUUUUAUAACAUGUAAACCACGUUUUAACACAAACUAGAGUGCAGUAGAGUAUUUUAUCUAAAAAUCUAACGUCACGUAUUUAAUUUUUUUUUACUGGAAAAUAAGUUAUAUACGUUUUUCUUCUCGAGCUGUCCAUCUUUAUAAUAGCAGUCCAUACUAUGAGAUCAGUGAGCGGUCCGUACUGCAGGUUACCGACCUCCCAGGAACCAAUCAAAAUGCUGCAUUUUGUAUACGGACCGCCUUGCCAUAUAAUAAAUACUACUAAUAGUACCGUGGAAUCCGGGUGACGGUCUAGUGAUCGAAAUUUUCGAUUGUCUUUUCAUUGUCUUGAAAAUCCCCAACCUCGUUCCCAGGGCGUCUGCGCUUAUUGCUCCCUGGGUACGAGGUUGGAAACUCCCUCAAUCCAGUCACUCAUUACAAAUGUUUCUGCUUGGAAUGUUUGAGAUUUUUUUUAGUUUAAUGUUUCAUGUAGAUAGUUUUCACGAGUUUCUUUAUUUUCACUAUUUUAGUUCCCAGUACUACCCAGGGGACGUUCUUGCUCGACAAUAUGGCUUGCGAAGAAGGGAACUGCAACUGCCGAAUGAGUAA